AUGUCCUCCUCAGGGGUAAACCUUCAAAAUUAUCUAAUUCCACUGGAGGAGAUUAGGCGAGCCACCGAUAAUUUCAGUCAGCAAAGAUUUAUUGGUCGUGGUGGAUUUGGUGCUGUCUAUAAAGGACAACUCUCUGAACGCUGGAAAAACCUCACAGUUGCUAUCAAACGCCUGAGUAAGGAUAGCCAUCAAGGAGAGCAUGAGUUCCGCAACGAGCUUGAGAUGAUUUCCAAAUUCCACCACGAAAAUAUCAUCUGUUUCAUUGGGUAUUGUGAUGAAGGUGAAGAGAUGAUUAUAGUUUAUGAGUAUGCCAUAAAUGGAAGCCUUGAUCAUCAUCUACAAGACCCGUCUAAGAUGCUUUGCAUAACAUGGAUACAACGCCUCAUGAUUUGCAUUGGGGCUGCAAGAGGACUAAAUUACCUGCACUCGGGUCUUGGGGAGCACAACAGGGUAAUACACAGAGACGUCAAGAGUUCUAACAUAUUGUUAGAUGAAAAUUUGGUUGCAAAAGUUUGUGAUUUUGGCUUGUCAAAAUUGGGUCCCAGAAAUCAGCCAGAUACCCAACUCCAUACAAGGGUUGCGGGUACCCAGUUUUACUUGGAUCCUACUUACCAUGAAAGUCGUAUCCUCAGAAAAGAAUCUGAUGUAUAUUCGUUUGGCGUGGUACUUUUUGAAAUCCUAAGCGGAAUGUUGGUUUAUCAUGACAGGAGCACCGGAGAUAAUGAGUGGCAAUUUCUCAUGAAUUCGGUCCGACGAUACUAUAAGAAGGAACCACACAACAUAAUUGAUCACCACAUAAGAGAUCAAAUUGAUAGUAUUUCUUUCGAUAUAUUCCAAGAAAUUGCAUAUGAGUGCAUUAGUUUCAACUUAGUCGAACGCCCUACUAUGGACAAGGUCAUUGACAGGAUUGAGGAAGCCUUAACUAUUCAAAUACAAAGUGUACUCGAUAAACGAUCCGGUCCUGACGACCUAUCCGCUGAUGAAACCCGCCUCCUUGAAAAAAUAAUGGAGGAUAACCGCAUCGCCAUCCGUAUUUACACCCACCAACUUACGAUCUCGCAUUCCCGGACUCAGGAAGAGGCAAUCGCCGCUAUUCUUAUAUUCUCAAAUUCUGUAGACAACAAAGGAAUCAUAGUCUCCUUCGGGGCUGUUCCAGGGAUCGUUCUUGUGUUGAACGUAGGAAGCAUGGAAGCGCGUGAGAACGCAGCGGCUACCAUUUCAAGUCUAUGUGUAAUUGACAUCAACAAGUCAAUCAUUGGUGAUGAAGGAGCAAUCCCACCUCUCCUAUUCCUGUUGAGGCAAGGUACUCAGAAAGCCAAGAAGGAGGCAAUAACGGCUUUGCUUUAUUUAUGUUUAGAUCAGGGUAACAAAGGAAGGGCUGUGAGGGCGGGAUUAGUCCCCGUUUUGAUCGAGAUUCUUACCAAACCGCAGGGUGUGUUGAAAGUGGAAACAUUAUCCAUUCUUGCCAUGCUCUCAAGCGACCCGGAAGGGAAGUUGGCUAUAGGUAAGGCUGAGGCUGUGCGUGUUCUGGUUGAGGUUAUUGGGAGUGGUUCCCCGAACAACAAAGAGAAUGCAGCUGCAGUUUUGGUGGAACUUUGUUCUGACAAUCAAAACUAUUUGGUCGAGGCUCAAGUACAUGGAGUCAUGGAGAAUCUGAUCGAUUUACUAGAACAUGGUACUGAUAUGGGAAAAACAAAAGCCAAACAGUUGCUUGAAAAGAUCGAAGACCAUCGCCGCGCUCCAGGAAUUAGCAACAAUGACGGAAACCUAAAGGAACAUGGAGCCGACAUUGAAGCUCUGAUGCCCAAACUCCGCCACUCUGAUUACUACACCGAACCCGGAAUCCAAGAACUCGCCGCCAAAGAACGCGCCGAACCUGGCUUCUGCGGCAGAGUCCACAACUUCACAGUCGGCCACCACAAUUACGGAUCCAUCAAAUUCCCGGGGGAAACCGACGUUAGAAGGCUGGAAUUGGAAUCGCUGAUUCAAUUCAAUAAUCGCGAAGUCAUGGUCUACAUGGACGAAACAAAAAAGCCGCCAAUAGGAGAAGGGCUGAAUAAACCGGCUGAAGUCACACUUUUGAAUAUAAAAUGUUUUGAAAAGAAAACGGGGAAGCAACUUACUGAAGGCCCGAAGAUUGAGAAGUAUAAAGAGUUGUUGAAGAAGAAAGCGGAAGAUCAAGGGGCUGAAUUUGUGGAGUAUGAUCCGGUUAAAGGGGAGUGGAAGUUUAGGGUUAAACAUUUUAGCAGUUAUUGUGAUUUGGCUUUGACAAGAUAUGGUUUGUUGGUGGUUCUAAAUAUGUCAAGGAUCAGGCAGCGGAAUAAAGAUUCGAAACGGUUAACCAGCGAGUCGUUUUUAGAGGAAUAA